AUGACGCGAUACCGCUUGAAAAUGCUUCGCCGUCGCGUAGAAGAACUGAAGAAUCAUAGUUUCUUUUGUUACGUGAGCAAUUUUAAAACAUUAAAGCAGUCAAGAAUACGAUUUUGUUUACAUUUGUACAAAGGCCUAGCCGACGCAGUUGAUGUAAUUAUGCCCGAACUACAUGCGUCACUAUUCAUCAGCGUAGUGUGCACAUUGCCAAAACUGAUAUUAAAUGCCUUUCACAUCUUGCUGGUGAUUGAAAAAUUGGAGCCAUACUCGACGGCGGGGUUCGCGGCCCUGCACGUGGCGCAGGUGACGCUGUUCAUCUUCGCGCCGUGCGUGGUGGUCGAGCUGUACGCAGUCGAGGUGGAGCGUAUGCGGCUGCUGCUUGUACACAAGCUAUUUGAAGACCCCGAUGAGACGGUGAAAGAAGACGUGGAUUUAUUCCUGCGCUACACAGAAGUCCGUCCGUUCCGGUUCUAUUUGUGGCGCGUGGUCCCUGUCUCCAUCAUGCUGCCACUGGAGCUGCUCAACUUUUGCACUACCUACGUCAUAGUUCUUAUCAACUUCACGCAUCUUUAUGGAUGA